CUCUUGUCCUGUUCAGCCACCAGCAAGGCCCUGUACUGCUUCUGCACCCAUGAGGAACUCUGGAGGUCACUCACGCUGCAGGAGUUUGAGGGCAGCUUCCAGUACCGCAGCAGCUGGCAGCACACCUACCUGACAGCAACAGGCUUAAGAGAUGCCGAAACAGAGCCUUCCAGCAGCCCCCUCAGAGUGCAGGGGUUCUAUUCGGACAUUCUGUACCAGCCCUCUUUCUGCGCGACCACGCCCAUCAGGGAGGAGUGGCUGGAGAGGGACAAUCUGGAGCGCAGGAGCAGCCUCAGCGCCGAAGAGUUCCGCCAGCAGUACGAGCUGCCCAACUGCCCGGUCGUCCUGACCGAUGCUGCCAAGAAAUGGCCGGCGCGGAAGAAGUGGACUCGGAAGUAUUUGAGGAAGGCCUUUAAGGGGCAAAAGGUGAUGGCGGGGGAUUAUUCCAUGGCCUUUGAUGACUACCUGGCCUAUGCGGAUGCGGCCAGGGAUGACAUGCCGCUGUACCUCUUUGACUGCCAAUUUGCUGCCAAGGCGCCAAAGCUCGCCGCUGACUAUGAGGUACCGGAGUAUUUUGCGGAGGAUCUGUUUGGGGUGCUGGGGGAGGAUGCGCGGCCGCACCACCGGUGGCUGAUCAUGGGGCCGGCCCGGUCGGGCUCGUCCUUCCACAAGGACCCCAACGCCACCUCAGCCUGGAACGCCGUCAUCAAGGGGUCCAAGAAGUGGAUCCUUUUUCCGCCACACGUCACCCCGCCAGGCGUGCAUGCAAGUGCGGAUGGCGCUGACGUGGCGACACCGGUGUCGCUGGUGGAGUGGAUGCUCAACUUCUACGAUGCGUCCCAGCGAAUGCGCGUUCCUCCGGUGGAGGGCGUCGUGCGCGCGGGCGAAGUCCUCUUCGUGCCCCGCGGCUGGUGGCACUUCGCCAUCAACCUGGAGGAGAGCAUAGCGGUGACACAAAAUUACGUGAGCAGCGCAGGGCUAUCCGCAGUGCUGGCCUUCCUGAAGACGGGGAAUGCGGAUCUGGUGUCCGGCUGUGCCGAAGGCAACCGCGCCGACAUGCACGACCGCUUUGUGGAGGCCCUUCGAGAGCAGCGGCCACAGGUCAGUACAUGUCUAUGUUUGCAUUUUUCAGAUAUUGCACGUGCAAGUUAA